AUUCCUUGCUGAGUUCUUUGUACCGAGCUGCGUGCGCUUCAUGUGGUACUAGCAGGAACAGAGGUCAGGUCUCAAGCCGGGCGCUCAAGGAGCAAUAAAAGUUCCUCGAUCAUCUUAAAAGUUUUAGAUGAUCGAGAGUGCCCAGUGUAGGUCACCGGCUGGCCCAGGGCAAGGUGGGAUUUUUCUCCGGAUGAGAGGCACCAGGGGACCCGAGCGCUGGGGAUAUCCAGGGUGCCGGUGAUAGUGCGCAUCCACCGGGAGCAGCGGUGGGCGGCAGGCGGACGUGCUCAGGGCGCGUUCCGUCCCCUACUCAUGACAAAGCGGGUGAGGAACUCGGGAGCAAGUUUCCCCCGGGAGUCAAAAUGAUCACGUCGUUUUUCCCCUUGAAGAAACUGCGGCGAAAUGGCAAAUAUCUCCUGUUCGGUGCGAUCCUGCUGGCGGGAUUGGUGGCCGUGUACCACGAGAUGGUUGCUGCAAAAGAAUGGAGGAGUGAUAUGAGUUCAAUUACUGACGCUGACCACGUCAGCUGGAGGAGAGACGUGUUUGAAAAUAGGGCAAAAAAGGACCAUCAGCCAAACACUGUUGGGGACAGCAGUGCUUGGGUCUCCAGUUAUGCUCCACAACCUUGGAAACCAGAGUUUAAGGGACAGGCCAAUCUGCAUGUGUUUGAGGACUGGUGUGGCAGUUCAACGGCCGAUCUUCGCAAAAACCUGCAUUACCCGCUUUACCCUCAUUCCAGAACCACAGUGGAGAAGCUGGCCGUCUCUCCUCAGUGGACCAACUAUGGGCUCAGAAUAUUUGGCUAUCUUCAUCCACAUACUGAUGGAGAUUUUGUGUUUGCUGUGAGCUCUGACGACAACUCUGAAUUCUGGCUGAGCACAGAUGACUCUCCCCUUAAUUUGAAGUUAAUUGCGUGGGUUGGAAUGACGGGAAAAGAAUGGACGGCCCCGGGUGAGUUUGAGAAGUAUUCCAGUCAGACCUCCAGACCAGUUUGGCUGUCUGCUCAGAGGAGAUACUUUUUUGAAGUUAUUCACAAGCAAAACGACGAAGGGACUGACCACGUGGAGGUGGCAUGGCUGCAAUUGGACUAUAGCAGUCUGUUUAAGGUUAUUGACUCCAAGUACAUCUCCCUCUAUACUAAUGAGUCAGCACUGUCAAUGAAUGAUGUCGCCCACAUACCACAGACAGCUGCAAGCCACCGGCAAACCCCCACAAAGCAGCGCAGUGCUGAUGCAGAUAUGUUAAUUGAAGACCGUCGAGAUUCAUUCUACAAAGUGCGCAUGUUAAACAGCAAGUACCUACAAGGUGUUCUGCCUGACUGCUCAUAUAACCCCUCUUACACAAUCAAAGACUUCCCUUUGCUUCGUUAUCAAGGACUGCAGUUUGUCCACUUGUCCUACAUCUACCCCAAUGACUACACUCGACUAACACACAUGGAGACGCAGACCAGCUGUUUCUACUCUGAGAGCUCUUACUACCUAAAGAGGUUCGGCUUCUCUAGAUACAUGAGAUUUGACCGUCCAGCUACAGAGGAAAAAGUAAAUCCAGACAGAGAUUUUAAUUUCCAGAUGAGGAAUUUUAACCAGGAGGACAAUGACUUUCAUAAAAAAGAAACGGAAACCAAGCCUGCUCAUGAGGAUAAAGCCCAUUAUCAAGACUAUGGAGAUGAUUAUGAUGAUUAUGUACAAAAACGUAGGCGCAAACUCUUCUCCUUGGUUGUCCCAAAAUCAAACAACACAUUGGGCAACUCUUCAGGACUGCACAGAGGCGAGUUGGGGAAGAGGGAACAUAAAGAAAAUUUGUCUCAGCCCCAGUCAGUGCUAAAGCAAGGCUUAAAACAUAACCUGCAACUGAAUCAGACAAAGUUACAAAAAGAGGAGGGGCAAGUUGUAAAAGCAGAACAGCAGAAAAGCAGAAAACGAGUAAAAAGAAAAAGGGUAAAAGCAGCUCAGAGACCAGGACAGAAUAAUCUACCAAUACUGGGUAAUAAAAAAGACCUUAAAGCAAAUCGGCAACCAGUUGUCCAAUCAGAGCAACUUGGCUCUAAACAGGGUCAAAUCCAGAAAUUUGGUAAAAUGAAUAAUACCGAAAUCCAGCGACUCAACAACUCACAGCCUGAAAAACCACCAGUGGCCAAGCAGCGGAGGUUUGUAACCAAACAGAAGGAACUUCAGCUGCCAAACAGCAAGCGUUUUACCCCUCCCAAAAGAGAUUUCAACCACCCAUUAAAAAGAUCAAAUCAAAGGGACUUGGAUGGCAAAAAAAGCCCCAAUGAUAAGGAUAUUGAGCUGAAUAUGCCACAACAACAAGAUUUAGAAAACAGCAUUGUUAGAGGUAAGAAGAUUGCUAAAGGGAAUAUUGACAAAAGGUGGUCAGAUAGGAAAGAAGGGGAGGAAGAUGAGCUCUCCAACAGGGCUGAGAAAAGGAAAGACACCACAGAGGGUGAGAAACGCUACUUCUGGGAAAGACAAGAAGACUUUGAAGGUACUGAUGAUGAAGAUCUUACACCUGCACCAGUUUUUGACACUCAAGUCAACUGGAACCAGACCUUCCAUGUCAACCACCUGGAUCUUCAGGCCCAGCGUUCAGAUUGGAUCGACCUGCAGUGCAACAUUUCUGGAAAUUUGUUGCUUCACUCCAAUGAUGCUUUGCCAAUAGUCAAGAUGUUCAUGGACCAACUGAAUAAAAAGCAUCAUGGGCGGUUUAAGUUGGUACGUGUGGUUAACAUGGUGAAGCGUGUGGAUGACUUCCAGGGCAGCCGCUACCUUCUUGAACUGGAACUGAAAGAUGUGAAUGGCCAGCUGCUGCGUGUAUCACACUACAUCUAUGCUCUGGUAACCGAUAGCUGGUCCAACGGCUGGGACUCAGACUUCCAACAGUCAAAAUCUAAGACUUUGCUCUGCAACCCGGUGGGCUUCCGCUGGAAUCCUGUUGCCAUGGUCCACUUCAUAGUGCCAGUAAAAAACCAGGCUAGAUGGGUGCAGCAGCUGAUUACUGACAUGGAGGAACUGUUCAAAAUAACUGGAGAUAGUAACUUCAACCUCAUAAUCACUGACUACAAAAGCACUGACAUGGAUGUGAGGAAGGCUCUUGAGAAGUCCUCACUGCCCAGGUACCAGUAUGUGAAGAUGGAUGGGAACUUUGAGCGCUCUGCUGGUCUGCAAGCAGGUAUCGACCUGAUAACUGAUGACCACAGCAUCGUGUUUCUUUGCGACCUCCACAUCCACUUCCCUCCUUCAAUCAUUGAUACCAUCAGGAUGCACUGUGUAGAGGGAUACAUGGCCUUUGCUCCCAUUGUCAUGAGGCUGGGCUGUGGUAAUACACCUUUAGAGGCCAGAGGUUACUGGGAGAUCAAUGGCUUUGGCUUGCUGGGUAUCUAUAAGUCAGAUCUUGACACAGUGGGAGGUAUGAACACCAAGGAAUUCACUGAUCGCUGGGGAGGAGAAGACUGGGAGCUUCUCGACAGAAUCCUUGAGGCAGGUCUGGAAGUGGAGAGGAUCUACUUGAGGAACUUUUUCCACCACUAUCACUCCAAACGUGGCAUGUGGAACCGGCGAAUGUCAACAAGUCCCAGGUGACCUUGUCACCUGCAUUUGCACAAUGACAUCACCACGGUUACAACCAAGGCAACGCGAGCACUUUAAAGCCGGAGGGUGAUUCCUGCUAUGUAAUGGUAAUACCUGCUGAUGGUUAGAGAGUAGCACAUGAGCCGGUGCUGUAUUUGCUCACUCAGGCUUUGGGAAGCAGGUGGCAGCACUGAAGGUCAUUGCUUAGGAGAUACUACUGAUAUGCUCAGAGUUUAUUUCAUUGAAUAUGCUGUGGACUCCAAAGAGGGUACUGGCUACUGAGUGCCAGUGACUAUAAAAUUCAAUGUAUGAGGAUACCGCCGUGCACAAUGAUGCUGACCAAGAUCAUGAUCUGCACUACUGGCAGGAAGAACAUUUCCUAAUCUGAAGACAAAGCUGGAUUCCAUAUAUGUAAGCUCACAAGUGUCCCUUAUUAUAAACAUCACUCUUGCA